AAACAUUUCUAUAAAUAUUCUAAUACAGUGUCUCUUUCCAUCUUUCGGGUCGUGACUGUUGUAAGCAGUGGUCAACAUAGUGGCGCUGAAAAUUGUUUUCCAAGAAGGGAGUUUUAGACGCCAGACGGUUUGGACCCCUUGUGGAUGCUGUACGCCACGUAGUGCUGGAUGGCACUGAAUUUGAAGUUGUUCAGGCUGAAUCGCGUCGUUACGUCCCUUCCGGUUCCUCGUACGAGAAUUAUUCAGUAUUCUCUCUUCGCAAAGGUUUCAACAUGCCACGAAAACGCCUUACAAAAACAAAGGUUCAGUCUCCCAAAGCUAAACCUGGUAAGAAAGCAGAGAAAUUAGAUGAAAAUGGAACUUUAAAUAAGAAACGCGCGAAUGAUACAAAUGAUGAACCUGCUCCAAAGAAGGUAAAAGUCGAUUCAAAGGCAUCGAAGAGCACUGAUAAAACCACUGAUGCAUCUACCGCGAAGAAGGCGAAGAAUGAACCCAAGCAAAUGCAAAAUAAGACGGACACCAACUUGGACGAAAUAGAUUUUGAAUGUGCAAAGAUAAACGAGGAAGGAAAGAAAUAUAAUCUGAAGAUCUGUACUUGGAAUGUUUCUGGGAUAAGGGCUGUAAUCAAGAAAAAUGGAAUCGAUUAUAUCGCCAAAGAAGACGCAGAUAUAUUUGCUUUGCAAGAAACAAAGUGUGACAAAGAUAAGAUGCCAGAUGAAAUUAAAUUACCAGGAUACAAUCACUAUUUUGUCGACAGUAAAAAGCCCGGUUAUUGUGGAGUUGCUUUGUUCAGCAAGGAAAAGCCCAUUUCUGUGAAAUAUGGUUUGAAUAAUUCCACUUUUGACAUCGAGGGUAGAAUGAUCACGGCGGAGUUCCCAGAAUUUUUCGUGAUCAACGUUUAUGUGCCAAAUGCUGGACAGAAGUUGGUGACGCUGCCGAAAAGAUUGGAGUGGAAUAAAGUAUUCAAGAAGCAUAUUCAGGAAUUAGAUCAAAAGAAACCUGUUAUCAUAUGCGGUGACAUGAAUGUGGCCCAUCAAGAAAUUGAUUUAAAAAAUCCCAAAACAAACACUAAAAAUGCUGGAUUUACUAAAGAAGAACGAGAUGAUAUGACAGAUUUUUUAGCUGCCGGAUUUACAGAUACCUUCAGACUGUUGUAUCCGGACACCGAGGGUGCAUAUACGUUCUGGUCGUAUUUUGCCAAUGCACGUGGUAAAAACAUUGGAUGGCGACUAGACUAUUUCUUGACAUCAGAACGAAUCAAGAAUAAAGUGUGCGAUAAUAUCAUAAGGAAGCAGGUUUAUGGCAGCGAUCAUUGUCCCGUAAUACUUUACCUCAAUUUGUAAUUUGUAAUAAUAAUAAAUAUUCAACGUGUUCCAUUGUAUGAAAACAUCAAAAUGAAACUUUUCUCGUGUGUGCUUGCAAACAUAUAAAUUACAUUAUUUUAUUUAAAAAAG